CCUCCAGCCAUUGUUGGAGAGGAAAACCUCUCCAAACAGAACUUUUAGAAGCAGUGGAAGAAGAAGCAAAUCUACAGAGAACCAAUGGGGAGGUUCUCAAGGAUUCCGCUCUUCCUUCUUCCUGUUUUGCUUUUCUCCAUGUUGCAGAGACCCACGUUAGCAAUAAAAAAGUCUUAUGUGGUAUACUUGGGAUCACAUUCACAUGGUCCAGAAAUCACACAAAGUCAUAUUGACCUAGCCGCACAAUCUCAUUACGAGUUUCUCUCAGAUUUUGUUGGAGGCCCCGAGGCUGCCGAAGAAUCGAUUUUAUACUGCUACACGAAACAUAUCAAUGGUUUUGCAGCUACCCUUGAAGAAGAGAAAGCAGCUGAGAUCGCAAAGCAUCCCAAGGUCAUAUCAGUUUUUCCAAACAAAGGAGUGAAAUUACAUACAACCCGGUCGUGGGAUUUUCUUGGACUAGGGAAAAAUGGUGCAGCUCUACCUGGGUCGCUAUGGGAGAAGGCCAGAUAUGGGGAAGACAUAAUUAUUGGAAACCUUGACACUGGUGUCUGGCCAGAAUCAAAGAGCUUUAGUGACAAUGGGUAUGGACCCAUUCCAUUAAAAUGGAAAGGAGGUUGUACGGACACUAGCCCUAACGGAGUUCGUUGCAAUAGGAAGCUGAUUGGCGGCAAGGCCUUCAACUUAGGAUACCUAGCAGCCGUUGGCAAAACCUACAACACCACACGAGACGAGCGAGGACAUGGAACCCACACCCUAUCGACCACGGGCGGAAACUUCGUCCAAAAUGCCAAUAUCUAUGGAAUCGGCAAUGGCACGGCCUCGGGAGGAUCACCAAGGGCGCGCGUAGCCUCAUACAAGGUGUGCGGAGAGCCCAUCGGAGAUAAUUCAUGCUUCGACGCUGACAUCCUUGCCGCUUUUGAUGCCGCCAUUCACGACGGUGUCGACAUUAUCUCCGUGUCCCUGGGAGGUGACACUACCAACUACUUUAAUGAUAGCACGGCCAUCGGUUCUUUCCACGCCGUCAAGAACGGUAUCGUUGUGGUAAUCUCGGCCGGAAACGAUGGUCCGGCAGAUGGCACAGUCACCAACGUGGCCCCCUGGCUGUUGACCGUGGCCGCCAGCACCUUGGACCGCCGGUUCCAGGCCAAUGUGAAGCUUGGCAACAAUCAGCAGUUGAAAGGGCAGAGCCUCUCCACGGUUUCCCUGCCCUCGGUCGGCAAGAUGUACCCUCUGGUGAUUGGUGUCAUCGCUAAAGCGAAGAACGCUUCAUACCGCAACGCCAGUUACUGCAAGCCUGGGUCGCUGGACCCGGAGCUGGUAAAGGGGAAGAUAGUUGUGUGCAAGAUGGGUGGUGCGGACAAGGCUGCGGUCGACGCAGGGGCUGUGGGGAUUAUAUGGGUUCACGAGGAUGACUCUGUGGAGCCCGAAUCUCACAAGAUCCCUGCUUCACAUUUAUCAAGUACAAACGGUCUUGCGUUGUACAAGUACAUCAACUCGACGAAAGCACCCACGGCAUACAUAUCACCGGUCAAGACGAAGCUUGGUGCGAAGCCGGCACCUUUGAUGGCCUCAUUCUCCUCUCGGGGACCCAACAACUUGACCCUCGAGAUUCUCAAGCCCGACAUCACUGCACCAGGGGUGCAUGUCAUGGCUGCCAUUCACCAAGCUGACGACGAAGCCAUCACAUAUAACUUAAUGUCAGGCACGUCUAUGUCUUGCCCUCACGUCGCUGGUGUUAGUGGCCUCCUCAAGAAACUCUACCCACAUUGGAGCCCCGCCGCCCUCAAAUCUGCCAUCAUGACCACCGCAAGUACGAGGGAUAAUAGAAGGAAGCCGAUACUGAAUUCGACAAAAAAGAGAGCAAACCCAUUCAACUAUGGAGCUGGACAAGUUCAACCCAACAGUGCCAUGGAUCCUGGCUUGGUCUAUGACCUAACAACCAUCGACUACAAGAACUUCUUAUGUGCCAUUGGCUACAAUCAAAUUUUAAUAAGCCUCUUUUCCGAGACGAAACUACCUUACACAUGUCCCAAUCCCGCCAUUAGUCUCUUGGACUUCAACUAUCCUUCCAUCACAGUACCCAAUCUCUCCGGCUCCACCACUGUGACGAGGAAACUGAAGAAUGUUGGGUCUCCAGGUACAUACAAGGCCCAGAUUCGACCUCCCUUAGGCAUUUCUAUUACGGUGGAACCAGCUAUCCUGACAUUCAAUUCGGUUGGACAAGAAAAGACGUUCAAACUAACCAUGAAGACUAAGCAACCUGGUUUUGCUAAAGACUACGUCUUUGGCGAGCUUAAAUGGUCUGAUGGGAUUCACAAGGUCAAGAGUCCGAUUGUGGUUAAGGCAGCUGCAACAUAGAGUUUCCUACUUUCUUUACUCUACCUGCUUGGAUGAUAUGAGAUGAGAUGAGAGAGAUGAAAUGGUCUAUCCAUCCAGUAAUAUAGUAGGAAGGAAAUCAUCAUCCGUUUUCAGUCUCAAAGUGACAAAGACUGCCUAUGAUCAACUUUCCUACCAAUAUCUCCACUCUUAGAAGAAAUCAAAGGCUUGAAAAUAUAGAACCACAUUUUCUUACA